UUCAAAUACCAUCAAAAUGGUUGGAAAGCGUUUAGUACACGCUGGAUGAGGCUAGAGGACGGAAUAUGGGAUGCGGAACGACCCAAUGUGAGGUUCAAAUGAGAGCGCACGCUUUUCUGCGGGAAAUGCACCUCGUGGGCGGGCUGCCACUCCGAGCAGGCUAGGCUGUUUUUCUUCAGAAAUCAAAUGGGGCGGGCGACACCCAAACUGUCAACCAAGCAAGCACCGACCAUCAUCAACCGCAAAGACUCAUGGACUCGGAUACAGACGUGGGCUCACUGCCUAGCAAGCUUGGCCCUUUCAAGCUUGAUUCAAGGUCACCUUCCAAAUGUACGACAUCCGAGGACGAGCAAGCACCAGAAAAGACUGCCAAGGUGAGAUUCUGUCGACUGGUUGCAAGAGAACCAACCAGGGAGGCCAGAGCAGACAUUUAAAUCCUGACCACGCACAAAACACGGGGUAGGAAUUUGGCUUGCAGCCCAAGGAAAUGACCGCAUCAUGGACGCCAGGUCACAAGGGAACAAACGACCAGACCUUUACAUCUAGUUCACAACUCCCACCCGAACUGCUUUCGCGUGCAACCUAUCAACCUGAAUCUGCAAAACCUCUCAGCGUUAGCCAGCCAUCAGCCAGCUGCAACAAGGCCCCUGCAAGUCGCUGUUUCCACGAGAGCAUUGACAAUGCCAACAUUCUGAGUUUCCAAGCAAUGGAUUAUCGACAGGAUACUCGAGGCACAGCAUCACUGGGAUCAAACUUCCGCCGCGAACAGCGUGUCACCCCUCCAUGCUCUCCGCACCGUCUCAAAUCGACCUAUGGAGUAGGUUCGACGCCGACUCCGAUUCGUGGUGAUUUUAUCGAGGUUUCCAGUCCUGCCAAGAUCCCAUCACCUCCUUCUCAGCCUGACGAGUUUUCUGCCCAUGGAGUCACACUACAUUUGAGCCUGACCGAAUCCCAAAUGGAUCGCCUUACUGAAGUAAUAUCUCGCCCGAACUCUCCCCACAAAGGAAGCCGUAGGGGCAGAGACGCAGACGUCGCCAAAGAAGGGCUUCAACGUUCUCACAUCCGCGCGUUCAGCGAGGACGAGAUAUUGACCACUCCGCCGUUGGUGCGCUCCCAGAGAGAUGUUCUAGACAGUUUGGUUACAAAAAAUGCGAGCACCCGGAGCCGAAGUCACUUUAGAUACAAUGAACAACAUGCGCCGAGCACCAUGCAGGCCGAUACAUCGGCUUCUUUCGCCGACCGAGCUGCAAGCUCAUUACGCUCCCGAUCCCCUGUCAAGAAAUUCACUCGAACAGAAAAGGGCAGGCAUGUCAACGAUGGGUAUUCUCCAUACACGACCAGCUCCAUUGCCCAGCGUCGAGGUGUACCACAUCCGUUGGUUGAUACAAUGACUGCUCAGCAACAGGGCAGUCCCUCGCAUCGCAGAACCCCGAUUGAGAUCUUGCGCAACGAUGACAGCUCGGCGUAUUCCCGGUCUUGGCAGACGAUAACUCACACGACCAGGGACGACUCUCCAUCGCGGGUAACUUUCCAAGAACACCCAUCAUCUUCUAUCUACUCGGUCUUCGAAGAGCAGGGUGACUACGACGACGAUGGAUCAAUGGCGCACCUCACACCCUUACCCGCACGAAACGCUGCCGGAGCCAUGGCGGAAGCCGAUAUUCUGCGUUCCCUCGCCGAGUACGAGUCUCUUUACAGCAGAAGCGGCCUUUCCCAACAGCCGCAGGCGCAAAAGCCCGGCGACCCGAAAUUGUUGUCCAUCAAGACGGGCAUCGGCCAGAUUGAACGAUUUCCACGCACAUACUCCCCACUGACACCUUAUAUCGAGAGCAUGGAAGACAAGAUACCCCGUCGCAAAGUCCUCAUUGGUGAGCACGGCUGGCUGGAGCGAACGGGAGUCCCCACAGAGGACGGCCAUGGCAACGCAAGCGCGGCUCCUCAGCAGCAGCCUCUGAAGAAGGGCAUCUUUGAGUCGCUGAAGAAGGUUGCCAAGGAGGUUGUGGAGCUUGCCGACAUGAAGACGUCUGCUCGCGGGCCGCACCGCCCCUCGAAUAAGCGACCCCCUAACCGGCUCGAUAUAUCACUCAACCCCCGCGAGCAGAGCCUCUUCUACUGCGAGCUCGAGUUCCUCAUGACGACAGCGCUCGAUGGAUACCUGACGACCCAGUUCCAAGCCGGACGGGUGCAGGCGGACAAGCUGAGCAAGGUGGCCGACGCCUGGCGGCAGAAGGGACGGCCGGGCGUGGUCGGCUUCCGCUACGACCUGGAGACGCAGCUAGACAUUAUGCUGCUGCACCUGUACGACUUCAAGUUCUACGGCGCCGACUGUACCUCUCCCGCCGUGGUCACGGGCCUGCUGGAAAUGGUCAAGACCGACGCCCGCGCCAUGCGGGUUCGUACCUUUUGCCAGCCAGACCUAGUCAUGGCCAAGCAGCUACUCGACGCGCAGAAGCUCUUUAACAUCCUCGGCUGUCGCGAACACCUGCAGCUGCAGCUUCACGAGACGGUGCGCUUCUUCAAGCUGGUUGUGAACCCCGAGAAGGACGUCCAUCCGGAGACGGCUGAUAACGCCCGUGGUGAUGGCUCGGAAAGCCCAGCGCACGGCUCGCCACGUUGUACCGGUCGCUCGCGCGACCAGCAGAUGCGUUGUAGCGAUCGUCGUUGGCAGAGCCAGAGCCCCGCAAGGAAACGAUGAGCAAGCCGCACUCAGUAAUCAACCUAUUGUCGGUGUAAAAGAUUGCCUCGCUUCAACUAGCACUCAACCGGUCUCCUCUGCGACUCGAUGGCCUUUUGAAAUGGAGGAUGCAAGGCUAUCAGAAGUUUUCUUCGAUAAUGCAAGACAGCUUUCGUUGAGCCACAGGUAAAGCAGUUCCUGAGAGAAAUUGAAGUUGCUUCAAAGGUACAAAGAAAGUCGAUCAAGGAAACUGAUGUCAAGCAGGGAGGGAAAAGAGGGGAUUUGUACCGGACACAAAGAGGAUGUGAUCUGAUGACAUUCCAACCAAUGUAAUUCUAUGUAGUACCAGCAAGAGGGACUUGUCACAAAGUCGAUCAAUCCCACGAACCCGUUCAAAAGCCAA